CCGCUCGGGAGCCAAACCGCACGCAACUGCGCUGUUAGCAGCCAACCCCAGCGUGCUUUACCCGAGCCCAAAACAGGCACGGCACACCCGCACUACCCGCCGCGCUGCCGUGCUGCCGCUUUUGCCUUGCACUCCCUCAAAGUAGUUCGGUGGAGGGGGCUAUUUUCGGGGAUUAUUUUACCCGCGGCGCCGCCGCGGAGGAGCAUCGCAGAGGGAGGGGUCGUGAGGUGUCCAAGAUGGCGGCGCCCUGUGCAGUGGUGAUGUUUUAAGAGCGGUGUCUGCAUGCUGUGUGUCGGUGGACGGCUCUGGAACCUGCUGCAGGCAGACUGGACUCUGUCGGAGUGAAGCGCGAGACUCCCCAGCCUCUAACAGAGAGACCCUGAAUCCCACUCUGCACCCCCUGCUGCAGAGAGAGAGAGAGACGAUGGCGAAGGAACAGCCCAGCGUAAUGGAUCUCCUCCAUCUCCUGGAAUCCUCAGAUCUGCACGAACUGGAUGAAAUCAAGGAAGUUCUCAACAACCACCUCAGCCAAGACAGAGGGUCCCUCCUACUGAACAGUCUGGUGGAUUAUUACCUGGAAAGCAGCUCCACGCAGGCUUUGCACAUCCUGUCCUCUGUGAGGGAGCCCCAUGAUAAGCACCUUUUUGACAAAAUGAACGAAUGUAUGGCGAAGCCAGCCUGCCGCUUGGCCACUCUCACGCUGCUGGGUCACGUCAUCAGAAAGCAGCCGUCCUGGAUCCACAAGAUCUCCCGGAGUCCUGUGCUGCCGUCGCUGCUCAAAUGUCUCAAGAGCGAUGGCAACGCUGUGGUUCUCAUAACUGGAGUUCUGGUGUUAAUUACCCUCCUGCCCAUGAUCCCUCAGGCUGGCAAACAGCACCUCUACGAGUUCUUCGAUAUCUUUGGACGCCUGGCAGCCUGGAACCUGAAAAACCCAGGGCACGUUCCGGAGGUGUACCUGAUCCACCUGCAUGCCAGCGUGUACGCGCUCUUCCACCGGCUCUACGGCAUGUACCCCUGCAACUUCGUCUCCUACCUGCGCUCGCACUACAGCAUGAAGGAGAACAUGGAGACCUUCGAGGAGGUGGUCAAGCCCAUGCUGGAGCAUGUUCGUAUACACCCCGAGUUAGUGACUGGGACCAAGGAUCACGAACUGGACCCAACUAGGUGGAAAAGGUUUGAAAUCCACGACAUUGUUAUCGAAUGUGCCAAAGUGUCCCUGGACCCCAAAGAGGCCUCCUGCGAGGAAGGCUACUCCACCAUGCCGGAGCAUUUCUCUACGCACGUCCAGCACAGGCAGGCGGACCCCACUGCCAGCCCUUUCACUGACCUCCAGAGCAGUUUCGGGAGUUCCUCCUCGACCCCCUUCUCCACCCCACUGCUGGCCUUGUCUCAGCUCUCAGGGACCCAGCCCCAGUACCACAGCCCCCAGACAUCCCGCCGCCUGCCUGAACCCAGCCAGGAACUCUUCUGGAGCCCCUCCUCUGUGUGCGGGAUGGCCACGCCCCCCUCCUCCCGGGGGAUCUCUCCCACCAGCACCCCCUCGGAGCUGUCCCACAGCGCCUCCCACCUGCCCGGCCGAGUACAUAGCACCCUGGCCGGAGACAAAGGCACCCCUGCUUGUGACACACCUGCCACCUCCUCUCCCCCGCCGCUGACUUCAGACGAGUUUGAGCACAUCUCCCUUCCCCCGCGAGCCACCUCUCCAACACGCAAGAAUGGAAAGGCAGAUUCUUGGAAGCCUGGCCUGACGAGACAAGAGAACAUCAGAGACUCGGAGAAAGGGACCUUGGACGAAGCCAGUAACCUGGGUGGGGAGAGCGAGAAUGUAAAGACGAUGACUCUGGAUGAGCUGCCAGAGUUCAUCAAGGAGCUGGAGCUGGAGCAGGACCGGCGGAGAUUGGAGGAGCGGGAGGAAGAUGCCUUCACGGAGGAGCUGGACAAGAUCACAGUAGCCAAGCGAGAGUCCCCGACUCUCAGGGGCGGCUUCGACUCUCCUUUCUUUCGCACGACGGAGACCCUGACUGGCAACCAGAAGAAGCCUGUGGCGCCCCCGGCUCUGGCGACAGCGUCGAGCUGCGGGCAGAACACCAACUCCACCCCUGACAAGCAGGCAGGGCAGCCAGUGGGGGGCCAGGAGCCCUGCUUCUUCAAGCCGGUCUUUACCCCUAUCGAGGGGCCCCUCCAAGAACCCUUCCGCAGCCACUCCCCCCCAGCUGCGGGUGAGGGUACCAACCAGGGCAAGUACAGCCUGUUCACCCCCAGCCCCUGCAAGGCUCAAGCAGCCCCCUACGAGCCCCUGUUCGACCUGGCGCUGCCCAAGGCCGCCGCGCUGUUUGUGGGCAGGAGGACGGCAGAGGCGGUGCGGAGGGCUGGGUCGGAGCGUCUGAUGGAGGAGGAGGAGGGGGAGGCAUCGACCUCCCCUCUGGAGGUGCUGGACCGUCUCAUCCAGCAGGGCGGCGACAUGCACGUCAAGGAGCUCAAGAGGUUACCUUUGCCAAGCAAGUCAGCUGACUGGACUCACUUCGGAGGCACGGCCCCGGUGGAGGAGCUGCACACCCUGCGCAGUCAGCUGCUCCUCCUGCACUCUCAGCUACUGUAUGAGCGCUACAAGAGAGAGCAGCACGCCAUCCGCAACCGACGUCUGCUGCGCCGCAUCAUCAACGCCACCGCGCUGGAGGAGCAGAACGCAGCCAUGAAGGAUCAGCUGAGCCUGCAGGAGGCGGAUAUGCAGUCUCUGAAGGACAGCCUGCAGAAUGAGCAGCUCAGGUACCAGCAGCAAAGGGAGGAGCAUGAGAUGAUGAUUUCUCGGCUGCACAGCCAGACCAGGCAGCUGCAGCAGGGCCGUGACGAGUACUACACCAAGAGCCAGGAGCUGCAGAGUAAAUUGGUGGAGUGCCAGAAAGAGAUGGGGACACUGAGGGCAGAAUUGCAGAAAGCCAACAAAAAAGUGUGCAACAAAGGACGCCUGCUAAACCUGCUCUCACAGAAGCUGACCAGCAGUGAGACGGUCCAGCAGCAGCUCGAGUUCCUGAACAAACGUCUCCUCCUCCUGGGAGAGGUCAAUGAGCUUUACAUGGAGGAGCUGCGGCACUCGAACCCGGACAACAGAAAGGAGGUGGAGAUGAUGCAGGCAUCCCAAAAGAAGGAGCUGGAUAAGAUGAAGCAGAGCGCAGUGCAGCAGAGCCAGCGGCUGGAGGCGGCGCAGAAGCGCAUCGCGGAGCUCGAGUCCCAGCUUGCCAAGAAGGAGCACCUCUUCCUGGAGCAGAAGAAAUACCUGGAAGACGUCAAGAGCCAGGCCAAGGGCCAACUGCAGGCGGCGCAGUGCAGGUACCAAGCUCAGAGGCAGAUCACCCAGGUGCUGGAGAAGGAGAUGCUGGAGCUGUACAGCUGGCUGGAGAGGGAGGGAGUGCCACAGAAACCAGGAGCAGCGGCCUGCAGCACAGGGUCAGGAGGGGGAGAGACCGAGGCCUGCAUGCCCACUGGUUCCAGGACAGGCGGCAGUGCUGCCGUGUCUGCAGUGCAGAUGAAACCAGGGGUACCUGACGGUACAGCCAGCGGUCAAGCUAACUCACCGAAGGCCAGCAGCAGCACUUUAUCGCAUGGACAGAAGCAGCAGCCGCUGCAAGCUUCGCCGACGGGGGGCAGUGGAGGCGGCUCUGUGAACGGCAGCAGGCACCCACCCAUCGUCCUGGAGCCUUCCCCCUCCCACUCCUCCUCUUCCUCCUCAUCCUCCUCCGUUGGCGAAAUCCCAAUCGCCGUGGGCUCCUACCCUAGCGCCAAGAGCUUCCUAGGCAUGCGGGCCCGCGAGCUGUUCAGGAACAAGAGCGAGAGCCAGUGCGACAACGAGGGCCCGCACCUGGCCAGCCUCGCCCAGUCGCUGAAGACUGACCAGUGUGUGGAGGCAGCAGAGGGAGCGGGCCAGGGCCAGGGGAGGGGGCACCCAGCCAGGGAGGAGCAGGCCGCCGGACAGCAGAGAGAGAGUCGCCGGGAAUGGCAGCGGCAGCAACAGCAGCUGCGGAUCAUGGACUACAAUGAGGCACAUCAUGAGCAAAGUUAGUCUGAGAGCAAGCUGGAGAGAGAAAGAGGGGACUUGACUCUCAGUGUUGUUAUUCUCAUUCCCUGAAUGGGCAGCAGGAUUUGACCCUUAAUGCAUCCCUGGCUCCCAGGCACUCAUCCCCACCCUGUCCCUCUUCAUUAUUGCAGCUGAAUAACAGUGAAGUGCAGCCAGAAGCUGUUGGGUUGGGUUGCUGUUUUGAGGUGGCUACCUGUCUAGCAUCAGUGACAUGGAAGGGUAUGGGGUGAAGAGUUAAUGGUUAAAAAAGAAAAGAUUUCAUCUUGUACAGCGCUCCACUGCGUUUACCAUCAAAAGCGCUUUUCAAAAAAAUCAUUAUAAAUUCAAAAA